AGACUGCAGAAGAAGGGAGCACUUGAUGAAAACGCUACCAACAUUAUCUGAUAUAUGACCAGCAGGACUCAAUGGAUUGGGCCGUUAUUGUAGUUUUGAAUGUCAUGUUUCAACCAUCCCUCUCAGUGUUGUUCACUGUUGAGGCAGAGCGAACCGUGUAUGAGUCAAAGUUUGGAGAAGAUGUUGUGAUGGGCUGCAGGUUUCAGCCUAAACUAUCAAACCCUCAUGAUGCUUACCUGAAGGUGACGUGGCACUGGUUCACCUCCACCUUGGUCCGAGACGUGUACCGUAUGGAUAACUGGAAGGAGAACUCGGCAUCCCAGGACCCUGAUUACCAUGGCCGAGUGAUGCUUCUCACUGAUGAGCUGCGGGACGGCUGGUCCAAACUAAAGAUCUCCAGACUCAGGAUCAAAGACUCUGGGACGUACCAGUGUUUGGUGCAAACAGGAGAAGGAGCUGAUUAUAAAACCACAACUUUGUCUGUUGUUGCACCUUAUAAAUCAGUGACUAAACACAUUGAGAAGGCUGCAGGGGGGGAUGAGCUGCUGCUUUCUUGCCAGUCUGAGGGAUACCCGGAGUCUCCUGUUAUGUGGCAGGAUGGACACCUGAAGACACUCAAUCCGAAUACCACUGCCGUGACAACUCCACAGCAGCUUGUCAAAGUCACCAGUCAGAUACGCGUCGGAUCGUCGGCCAAAAACAACUACACGUGUAUCUUCACAAAAGAUGGCUCCUCCGCAACAUUUCAAAUUCCAGAUGACAUCCCUGUUCCUCAGAAGAAAAAUUAUACUCUCAUCGUUGUUCUGGGCAUAGGUGUGAUAAUGGUUGCCAUUAUUGUUGCAAUGCUCUUCUACCGACGACAAAAAGGUUGCAGAGGUCAUAGCACCAGGAACCUUUUGGUUGACGGUCGAGGCAAAUCCGUUUCUGUUGCUGCCUGUUUAGCAAAAAACAAAGGCAACGAUGAAGAGAUAACUAUUUUUAAUGAAGGCUGCAUGGAGGAACAUCUGGGGGCGUUUCUGAAAGACCAUUAUUCCAACUUCCCGCUCAGCACCGAGGUGAGACCCCACUGCGAAGCUUUCGCUGCGGAGGAGCUACCACACAGGCUGCAAAACAAUGAGGGCCAGCCUGUGAGUCUUCAAGCUUUACUCCCAGAAGCUGGAGAAGUAGUUUUCCUCGAGGGACCCCCAGGAAGCGGGAAGACGACAGCCAACAUCCUGGUUUCUUCUUGGACUGAGGGUCCCACACAUGCCGUCUCUAAACUUCUCAAUCUCAGCACUGUUCGAUUUCUUUUCACCGUCGACUGCAGCAGAGUGAAGGGCGACUUGUUUCAGGAAAUAAAGAUGCAACUUUCUCUCAUGCAAAAGACAGGAGAUGAGUUGAGGACUUUGUUAACCAGUGAGGCUCUGCUGGUGUUGGAUGGGUACCGAGAAGGGAACCAUUUUUUUGACGAGUCUGUGAGGAAUUUUCUAAUGGAAAGAGAAGGAUGCAGGGUGCUGGUCACUUCCUGCCCUGGACAAUGUCCAAUACUCAAUGACACAGUUGUGACAGGACGUACACUGCAGAUCCAAAACAAAGUAGGACGUUCUUAGGGCACAGACGUUUGUGCAAAAACAAAGACAUUAUGUACUUUUUAUAUAAAUAUUUAUAUGAUGUUACUAGUUUUGUGAUUAGAUUUUCUACAAACCCUUAUAUGCUACAAAACAUUGUGAAUUCAAUUUAUGCACGGUUACGCAAUAAAUUCUACUUUUGUAUUA